AUGGGAACAAAGGAGGUCCUUUUGCAGGUCUGGGGCUGUGUCACACUGCCCUUCAAGCAAAAUGCUUGUGCAGAAAUUAUUGAUGCUGCUUCAGCUUGUCCUUACUUAGCCUUCUAUGUCCAGGGCUUCAAUUGGGAGUGCGCCCAAAGAGCUUCACCUGCCUGGUAUGCCGUGCUGGCUGGGCGUGCAGUGGAGAUGCGAGCAGCUGGCAUCACAGCCGUCUGGUUGCCCCCGCCCAGCGUUUCUGUCAGUGCAGAGGGGUACCUGCCGCGAGAGUACGAGUGCCUGGAUUCCAAAUAUGGGAGCGAGGCAGAAUUGCGCGCAUGCAUAAAGGCACUGCAUGCGCAUGGCGUGAAAGCGCUUGCCGACAUUGUGCUCAAUCACAGAUGCGCUGGGAAGCAGGAUGACAAGGGGAGGUGGAACCAGUUCACGGGGAAGUACCCUUGGGAUGAGUCCUGUGUCUGCAGUGAUCACGAAGCCUAUGGAGGCACGGGCAAAAAGAAGGAGGGUGCUCCCUUUGAAGCAGCACCCAACGUAGAUCACACCAAUGAGCGCGUCCGACAGGACAUCAAGGCCUGGCUGAGUUGGCUGAGGUCAGAUGUGGGCUUUGACGGCUGGCGCUUUGACUUUGUGAAAGGCUACGGGGGGCACCACGUGAGGGAAUACAUCGAAGCCACCGAUCCUGCUCUGGCGGUCGGAGAGUUCUGGGACGACUGCGCGUACACCGACAGCAAGAUCGACUUUGAUCAGGAUGCACACCGGCAGCGCAUAGUGGACUGGUGUGACGCGGCGGAUGGCCGCGCGGCGGCGUUCGACUUCACAACGAAGGGCGUGCUGCAGGAGGCGGUGGCAAAGGGCGAGUACUGGCGCCUGCGCGACGGCGCCGGCCGGCCACCCGGCAUGAUCGGCUGGUGGCCGUCGCGCGCGGUCACCUUUGUGGAAAACCACGACACCGGAUCCACGCAGGCCCACUGGCCCUUCCCCCAGCAAAGCCUCCACCAGGGGUACGCGUACAUCCUGACGCACCCGGGCACGCCGUGCAUCUUCUACGACCACCUCGCGCUGCGGCCGCUGCGCUCGGCCAUCCUGCAGCUGCUCGCGCUGCGCCGCCGCGCCGGGCUGCACUGCGAGUCCCAGGUGGACGUCUGUGAGGCGAACAACGAGGUGUACGCGGCGCUGAUAGACCGGAAGAUCACAGUGAAGAUCGGGUUGGGAAGCUGGGACCCAACGAAGGCCAGCGUGAGCGUGGGGCAGAAGGCCUGGCUGCUCGCGCUGGCGGGGCCUGGCUUUUCUGUUUGGGAGGCCCACUUCUGA